AUGUAUGCAGCCUUUGCAGAGAGCUCCACCCCUGUAUUAUCUGUCAACCAGGAAGAAGUAAGUUCACAACGGAACCACACUGUAGCAUGUAGCUAUUCAGUAAUGCUCACAACAUUCGGUCUAAAUUAUUUAUUUGCCUUAUGGACUUAUAAUUGUUGGAAAUAAUCAACAUUCAAAUAACCAUUGAAGAUGGUUGAAGAAACAGCAUAAUCUACUAUACAUUGUUAUUUCCAAGUUCUACUGACCUCACUGCUGUAAGUUUUCAAAAGUGAAAGUAAACCUCAAUUCCAGAAGCCAUCACAGAAGAGAGACGGUGGUGGUGAGAAAAUGGCAUCUAAACCUUCCCUCCCAGAGGAGGAUCUCUGAUGUACUGUGUGCUGUGACAUCUUCAGGGAUCCAGUUUUCCUGUUAUGUACCCACAGCGUCUGCAAAGCCUGUCUGAAGGAAUUCUGGAAACAGAAGGGAUCUCUAGAAUGUCCAAUGUGCCGGAAAAUAUUGUCAAUGGAUAACCCCCAAUGUAUGGAUCCUCUGGUGUGCAGUGUAAAAAUGGGGAAUAUACUACACAUUCCUUAUCUGAUCAAUGUACUCCAUCCACUACCCUCAAAGUGAGAAAGUCCCAGAGAAAGGGAGAGCUUUCAUUUGUUGACCCAGUUGAUAAUACAAAACCUCACAAAUCCACACAUCAUUUCAAAGAGAGAGUUUUUCCAUACAUGUCUACUUUACGUUAUAAUCCACUGAGGAUCUUGCCAGGGAAGGUCUCUAUAUCAAUUGAUUCUGCCUCUGUCUAAACCAGGUGUUAACAUACUGUAAAUGAGUCAGUAAAAUGUAAUCUUAUUCAGUAAUGGACAGCACUUCUAGCUACUUCAGUCUUUGUGAAUACAGGCCCUGAUAUUAUAGUUUCUUCUACAUGAGUGUGUUUUUUUAAAUUGUGGGUAACGUGUUCAUGGUAGGCCUGUCAAAUCAUUGAAUUUGAAAGGGAAAGCAACAAGUGCCAUGAUCCCAUGGGAAAUGUGGGACUUGAGAAUGCUACAGCAUCCAGAGACCAAAUAGCUGAAGAGAUACAAACAACAUCAUUUAGAUUUUCGGGGGGGAGUCGGGGCUCAAACACACCAACAGCGAGUACUUAGCACCUCUGAACGCAAUUUGCGAACCGAGUUCGCACCGAUUUUACACGUAGAACUGGUGAAAAACAUCGGCAGUCAGAUGUCUACAGUGGGUGGUCCCUAAAACAGCGUGCUGAAAGAUCGGCAGACGAACGCUAGAUCCACAUUCAGUGCGAUGUGUGCAAGCAUUUAUUGAGUUAAAGCUGUCGGUCCUCAAAGAUUAAAUUAAAACAAAUUCAUAAUUUCCAAUUAUUUACCUCCCGUAAGAGUGGGGUCCCGCUAGUGUAAAUACGUUGCAUUACUUAUUGCCGUUAUCGGUGGGGAUUUACAUUGGCUGUGUGUUGUAGGACAUACAUUGCAGAUUUGGCAUCAUGACAUUGUGACAGUGUGAGGCAUUGUUCAAGCCUAAUUGAUGUAUUCACAGUAAUACUUAUGGUAUGCUGGUAUUAAUAUUUCCUUUAUCGUUUUUUUUUCUUCUUCUUUUCUUCUUAUAUAUAUAAAAAAUCUGUCCAUACUUCAUUUAGCACAUGAUGUUUGUGUCCCAAUAAACAGUGACUUCCUAAAAAGUUAUCAAUAAUAAACAGAGCUCUGUGUUUUCAUUCUCGUACAAGAGGCGGUAGGAGUUGGUUUUUAAGAGAUUAAUGUUGAUGGGAAAUGUAGGGGUUAAUAAGUGAUCAGUGGCGACCCGUCAUUUUGAGGCCCACCUUUUUUCCCCCAAAACAAAUUCAUUUAUUUAAAAGAAUCAUUGAGUUAAUAAAGCUGCAUAUAAACUUGGUCUCUUUUUUGCUUUCUUGAGUAAGGCAGCUCCAAAAUAAAGGUGUUUCAGCCUAGCCCAGUACUUUCUGUUGUGGUGGGGCAGCCAGCGGAAAAUACGGAGCGUAGGGGUUGGUAAUGUACUCUAGUUGCACCGUGAUUGGCUCAGUGUUCUGUCACUCAUGGGGACACUACGUCACCGCCAAAUCUAAGGAUAGAACUCGAAAAAUCAAGUCCCUUGGGUGCUGCCAUGGAGUUACAAUAGAAGUGCCCAUCCAAAAAGGCUUAAGGUCAUUGGCCAGAGAUAAAAUGACGUCAAAUAAUGUUACACAGUGUCUUCGGAAAGUAUUCAGACGCCUUGACUUUUUCCAAAUUUUUACAUUACAGCCUUAUUCUAAAAUGGAUUAAAUAAAUAAAAAUCCUCAGCAAUCUACACAAAAUACAAAAUACCCCAUAAUGACAAAGCAAAAACAGGUUUUUAGAAUUUUUUGCAAAUGGAUUAAAAAUAAAAAACAGAAAUUCCUUAUUUACAUAUGUAUUCAGACCAUUUGCUAUGAGACUCGAAAUUGAGCUCAAUUGCAUCCUGUUUCCAUUGAUCAUCCUUGAGAUGUUACUACAACUUGAUUGGAGUCCACCUGUGGCAAAUUCAAUUGAUUGGACAUGAUUUGGAAAGGCACACACCUGUCUAUAUAAGGUCCCACAGUUGACAGUGCAUGUCAGAGCAAAAACCAAGCAAUGAGGUCGAAGGAAUUGUCCGUAGAGACAGGAUUGUGUUGAGGCACAGAUCUGGGGAAGAGUACCCCAAAAAUGUCUGCAGCAUUGAAGGUCCCCAAGAACACAGUGGCCUCCAUAAUUCUUAAAUGGAAGAAGUUUGGAACCCCUAAGACUCUUCCUAGAGCUGGCUGCCCGGCCAAACUGAGCAAUCGGGGGAGAAGGACCUUGGUCAGGGAGGUGACAAGAACCCAAUGGUCACUCUGACAGAGCUCUAGAGUUUCUCUGUGGAGAUGGGAGAACCUUCCAGAUGGGCAACCAUCUCUGCAGCACUCCACCAAUCAGGCCUUUAUGCCAGAGUGGCCAGACAGAAGUCACUCCUCAGUAAAAGGCACAUGACAGUACGCUUGGAGUUUGCCAAAAGUCACCUAAAGACUCUCGUACCAUGAGAAACAAGAUUCUCUGGUCUGAUGAAACCAAGAUUGAACUCUUUGGCCUGAAUGCCAAUCGUCACGCCUGGAGGAAACCUGGCACCAUCCCUACGGUGAAGCAUGAUGGUGGCAGCAUCAUGCUGUGGGGAUGUUUUUCAGCGGCAGGGACUGGGAGACUAGUCAGGAUCGAGGCAAAGAUGAACGGAGCAAAGUACAGCGAGAUCCUUGAUGAAAACCUGCUCCAGACUGGGGCGAAGGUUCACCUUCCAACAGGACAACGACCCUAAGCACACAGCCAAGACAACGCAGGAGUGGCUUCGGGACAAGUCUCUGAAUGUCCUUGAGUGGCCCAGCUAGAGCCCGGACUUGAACCCGAUCAAAAAUCUCUGGAGAGACCUGAAAAUAGCUGUGCACCCAUCCAACCUGACAGAGCUUGAGAGGAUCUGCAGAGAAAAAUGGGAGAAACUCCCCAAUUACAAGUGUGCCAAGCUUGUAGCAUCAUACCCAAGAAGACUCAAGGCUGUAAUCAAUGCCAAAGGUGCUCCAACAACCUACUGAGUAAUGGGUCUGAAUACUUAUGUAAAUGAUAUACUUCAGUUUUUUUUAAAUACAUUUGCAAAACAUUCUAAAAACAAGUUUUUGCUUUGUCAUUAUGGGGUAGUGUGUUUAGAUUGAUGAGGGGGAAAAAAACAAUUUAAUCCAUUUUAGAAUAAGGCUGUAACGUAACAACAUUUGGAAAAAGGGGUCUGAAUACUUUCCAAAUGCACUGUAUCUACAGUAGCUUUGAUUGGACUGAUCAUGUCAACAUCAUACUUUCAAAAUCUUAGCUAACAAGCUAGCAGUCAUCAUCAUGAGUCAAGUCGACAAUCUACUGGCAAAUCCUUUUUAAUCCUUGUCAUGUGAAGAGAAAUUAUGAAGAGAAAUUAUAGAUAAAACAUAUCGGUGCUCAUCGGCCAUUGGACAUAAACAGUACACAAUAAAUUGGAAAUCGCAAAUUCAACAAUGAGUGGUUUGGAAGGAAUCAGUGGCUAACUGCAAGGUUUGCAAAGCAAUCACUAGCCUGCUAUUCAGUGGAGUGGGUGUGUGGUCCAAGUAUGGGAUUAAUGGUCUCUUUUCCAAGCUUAAAAGGAUAAACAUUCAACAUUGGCCAUUCUGUCAAUCCAGCAUGACUUCUGCAUAACAACUGGAAACUCAGAUCUGGGAAAUCCGACUUCAGUGAGUUAUUUUUUUUAAACGAGCUCCGACUGGGAAAAUAAGUUUUGAACGGUCAUCCAACUCGGAAUUGCAAGUCGGGUUCUCUGGGCUCUUUUUAGAGCUCCGACCUCAUCCUGAUUCGACCUUGUUUUUUGCCGAGUUCCCAGUUGUCUUGAAAGCACCAUAAAUCCAGAGAAUGCCAGACUUUGAUGACAAAAUUUGCCCACGAAGGACCGCCGCACAACCUUCCUGUUCAAGUGAGCACAGCACAACAAGGUGAUUUAAAAAAUGUAUUGUAUGCUGCUGCAUAAAUGAUGUAAUAUGCCAGGGAGAUAAGUAUACUGUAGCUAAGAAAGUAAUACUAAGUAUGUUGUGUUGUAAGCUGUUAGUAGCCAAUGUGCCUAGCCCUAAUAAUUUGGUCCCUUUCCCCCUCAGAACUUAGCCUUCUGUUCUGAGUUGGUGGUGCACAUGUAGCCUAUAGCCUGUUUUAGAGAAAUGUAAUCAUUGAAUAUUGUAAGGGCUUUCAUUGUCUGCUUAUAUGUUCCCUUUAUUUAUAAUACGGUUCUGACUUGGUGUACAGGGAGAAUACUGUAAGAACGGCCCAUGUUCUGAAUUCUGUCGCUGUACAUUUCAAAAGUGCUGAACAGAUAGUUAUAUUGACUACAUCCAUCCUAGCUCGCUUAUUAAUGUCUUAAUCAAAAUUACGGAUUGCCUCUUAUCCGCUCGUCGUCCCCUUAUGCCAUAGUUUGUACAUCUCAAUUGUCAGUAGAAACCACAUGUUUAAGCAAGUCAGCCAUACCAGCUAUGUUUUUUUCAAAGGCAGUGAAUGAGACUGAAUGAACUGUUUCGCUGCCAGACAAGGCUCCGCUGAUAGCCAGGUGUAGCAGUGGUAAGGUGUUGGGACAGCAUUAGGUAGCCCCUAACUGUUUGUGGGCAGUGUUUGUCACCGUUAUAGUGCAAUUAAUGCAUUGUUUAGUGUUGUGUUGUGUAAUGGCUUUGCUGGCAUGCAUCUAAAAAAAUAUGUUUUUAGUUUGCCCCACCAAGAUGUACAUGCUAAAAUCGCCACUGUAAGUGAUGAAUUCCAUGUGGUUACAGACCAAAAUGAAAGUUAACUCAUGGCCUCAUAAAUGAAUGACCUGCAGCAGCCCUCUCAUUACAUAUCUGAGAGCAGAGCACUAUAUAUAAUCAUCCAAGCACACUGCCAAAAUGAAUUUGGUUAGGAAUGUGGGUUUUGAGUUUCUCAAUUUAGUACAGUAUCUGUUUUUUUCUUCAGUGUCUGUGCCACUGAGCCAAAUUGACCUGCAUUUGUUAAGGUAAAUUAGCUCUAAAAUCAUCUCAGAUUAUCCGGAUCAAGAGAAUGUGCAUUUAGGUAGAAACUUUAGUACUGUAGGUUUACUUGAUUACAGUUUAUCUCAGUCUCCUGUUUAUCUUGGCCUGAGCACUGCUGGCUGUCCCUGCACUGAUGACCUGUCUCUCUCUCCCCCCCUCUCCCGACCUCUCUGGUCGGACUACUGACGAUCUCUUUUCCUAAUAAAGACUGAAGCAAUCUUUGCACUGUGUUUACCUAGUGUACUGUACGCUGUUAGCUGUUACGUCUUCUCUAUUGUCUGCAAGGUAGAUUUAUGAUUCAGUGUUUGAAAACACUUAGGGACAGUUUCCUGGAUACAGAUUAAGCCUAGUCCUGGAUUUAAAAGUGCCGUCAAUGGAAAAUCUCCAUUGAAAAGGUUUUUUAGUCAAGGAUUAGGCUUAAUCUAUGUCUGGGAAACUGGCCCUGUAAAUUGACCAUCUGUACUGUAUCUUUCAAUAGAUUGAUUUCCAGUUUGAUUAUAAUUUCUUCAGAUAGAGGUAAGGCUUCAAAAACAAUGCAGUUAACUCUCAUUACUCUCCAAAAGAUACUGUUCUGAAACAACAUAUGCUUCAUGUCAAAUAGUCUUAGAGUGUGUUCAGACUGGUCACGAAAUAUCACAUAUACAGUCGUGGUCAAAAGUUUUGAGAAUGACACAAAUACUAAUUUUCACAAAGUCUGCUGCCUCAGUUUUGAUGAUGGCAAUUUGCAUAUACUCCAGAAUGUCAUGAAGAGUGAUCAGAUGAAUUGCAAUAAAUUGCAAAGUCCCUCUUUGCCAUGAAAAUAAACAUAAUCCCCAAAAAAACAUUUCCACUACAUUUCAGCCCUGCCACAAAAUGACCAGCUGCCAUCAUGUCAGUAAUUCUCUCAUUAACACAGGUGAGAGUGUUGACGAGGACAAGGCUGGAGAUCACUCUGUCAUGCUGAUUGAGUUAGAAUAACAGACUGGAAGCUUUAAAAGGAGGGUGGUGCUUGAAAUCAUUGUUCUUCCUCUGUUAACCAUGGUUACCUGCAAGGAAACCAUGUCAUCAUUGCUUUGCACAAAAAGGAAUGCUCAGGAAUGGCAGCAGGCAGGUGUGAGUGCACAGUGAGGCGAAGACUUUUGGAGGAUGGCCUGGUGUCAAGAAGGGCAGCAAAGAAGCCACUUCUCUCCAAGAAAAACUUCAGGGACAGACUGAUAUUCUGCAAAGGGUACAGGGAUUGGACUUCUGAGGUCUGGGGUAAAGUCAUUUUCUCUGAUGAAUCCCCUUUCCGAUUGUUUGGGUCAUCCUGAAAACACCUUGUCCCCGGAGAAGACAAGGUGAGCGCUACCAUCAGUCCUGUGUCAUGCCAACAGGAAAGCAUCCUGAGACCAUUCAUGUGUGGGGUUGCUUCUCAGCCAAGGGAGUGGGCUCACUCACAUUUUGCCUAAGAACACAGCCAUGAAUAAAGAAUGGUACCAACACAUCCUCUGAGAGCAACUUCUCCCAACCAUCCAAGAACAGUUUGGUGACGACCAAUGCCUUUUCCAGCAUGAUGAAGCACCUUGCCAUAAGGCAAAAGUGAUAACUAAGUGGCUCGGGGAACAAAACAUUGAAAUGUUGGGUCCAUGGCCAGGAAACUCCCCAGACCUUAAUCCCAUUGAGAACUUGUGGUCGAUCCUCAAGAGGCGGGUGGACAAACAAAACCCCACAUAUUCUGACAAACUCCAAGGCUUGAUUAUGCAAGAAUGGGCUGCCAUCAGUCAGGAUGUGGCCCAGAAGUUAAUUGAGAGCAUGCCAGGGCGGAUUGCAGAGGUCUUGAAAAAGAAGGGUCAACACUGCAAAUAUUGACAUCUUUGCAUAAACUUAAUGUAAUUGUCAAUAAAAGCCUUUGACACUUAUGGAAUGCUUGUAAUUAUACUUCAGUAUACAUUUACAUUUUAGUCAUUUAGCAGACGCUCUUAUCCAGAGCGACUUACAGUUAGUGAGUGCAUACAUUUUUCAUAUUGCCCCCCCCCCCCCCCCCCCCCCCCCGUGGGAAACGAACUUUUGACCACGACUGUAGUUCUUAAAAUGACAUUUUAGCUGACCUCUUGUGGACACCCGGGGUCAGGAAAUUAGUCUAUUUCACUACUAUAAGAAGAAGAAAUAUGGCUCAAAGACGUAAGUGUUCUGCGAUCUGUUGGUACCCUUGGGUCUUGUCUGGAAACUCACUAAAGUCUAUUUAGGCUUAAUUUCAGGAGGUUAUCAUCGAACCACAACUGUGUGUGUGUGUGUGUGUGUGUGUGUGUGUGUGUGUGUGUGUGUGUGUGUGUGUGUGUGUGUGUGUGUGUGUGUGUGUGUGUGUGUGUGUGUGUGUGUGUGUGUGUGCGCGUGCGUGCAUGUGUGCCGUGCGUGUUUGCCUGCAAGCGUGUGAACAAGCGAGAGAGAGAAAGAAAGAAAGAGAGCAAAUGUUUGUCUCUGUCUUAACUCAAUUCCAAUCUUUUCUACAGUGGGCAAUAUAAAUGGGAGUGUUCAGAGUGUCUCUUAAAUCAGUCCUCUUGGCGAUAUACAAUAGAGGACUCCCUGGAAGUGUUUCACUGCCUCUUUUAUGUGGCCUUGGUGUUGUUCCUGCAUGCUCCAAUGAUGCAGCUCGGAUCAGCACACUGUAUGUCCUGUUCUCCCUCUCCUCUCUUUCUACUAGUCCUGGAGGACACAUUUAGCUGUCGCACAAGGGACUCUGUUUGAUGUGUUCCCUUACUCUUUGUGCAUGGAAUAUCAAUAGCAGCACUGUCUUCAGUGGUAGUGUGUAUUACUAUGGUAUUGUUUGUGUACUUAAUCAUACCACUGAUGACUAAUGAGGUGAACACCCCUAUGUGAUGACAUAUAUACCUUCCUUGGAUACUCAUUGUUCUGUGAGGAGAAUAAUGUUUUCACCUCCAAUGUGAAUUGCAGUUUCACAAGUGAAAUUUGCGGUUUCACAUGUUAAAAACGUUCACAUGUGAGAAUUGGAUAUGCAGUUUCUCAUGUGAAAAACCUUCAUGUGAAAUUCUCACUUUCACAUGUGGUAUUGCAAGUACAGUGAGGGAAAAAAGUAUUUGAUCCCCUGCUGAUUUUGUACGUUUGCCCACUGACAAAGAAAUGGUCAGUCUAUAAUUUUAAUGGUAGGUUUAUUUGAACAGUGAGAGACAGAAUAACAACAAAAAAAUCAAAAAAAACGAUUUGCAUUUUAAUGAGGGAAAUAAGUAUUUGACCCCUCUGCAAAACAUGACUUGGUGGCAAAAACUUUGUUGGCAAUCACAGAGGUCAGACGCUUCUUGUAGUUGGCCACCAGGUUUGCACACAUCUCCGGAGGGAUUUUGUCCCACUCCUCUUUGCAGAUCUUCUCCAAGUCAUUAAGGUUUCGAGGCUGACGUUUGGCAACUCGAACCUUCAGCUCCCUCCACGGAUUUUCUAUGGGAUUAAGGUCUGGAGACUGGGUAGGCCACUCCAGGACCUUAAUGUGCUUCUUCUUGACCCACUCCUUUGUUGCCUUGGCCAUGUGUUUUGGGUCAUUGUCAUGCUGGAAUACCCAUCCACGACCCAUUUUCAAUGCCCUGGCUGAGGGAAGGAGGUUCUCACCCAAGAUUUGACGGUACAUGGCCCUGUCCAUCGUCCCUUUGUUGCGGUGAAGUUGUCCUGUCCCCUUAGCAGAAAAAUACCCCCAAAGCAUAAUGUUUCCACCUCCAUGUUUGACGGUGGGGAUGGUGUUCUUGGGGUCAUAGGCAGCAUUCCUCCUCCUCCAAACACGGCGAGUUGAGUUGAUGACAAAGAGCUCAAUUUUGGUCUCAUCUGACCACAACACUUUCACCCAGUUCUCCUCUGAAUCAUUCAGAUUUUCAUUGGCAAACUUCAGAUGGGCAUGUAUAUGUGCUUUCUUGAGCAGGGGGACCUUGCGGGCGCUGCAGGAUUUCAGUCCUUCACGGCAUAGUGUGUUACCAAUUGUCAAUGGUGACUAUGGUCCCAGCUGCCUUGAGAUCAUUGACAAGAUCCUCCCGUGUAGUUCUGGGCUGAUUCCUCACCGUUCUCAUGAUCAUUGCAACUCCACGAGGUGAGAUCUUGCAUGGAGCCCCAGGCCGAGGGAGAUUGACAGUUAUUUUGUGUUUCUUCCAUUUGCGAAUAAUCGCACCAACUGUUGUCACCUUCUCACCAAGCUGCUUGGCGAUGGUCUUGUAGCCCAUUCCAGCCUUGUGUAGGUCUACAAUCUUGUCCCUGACAUCCUUGGAGAGCUCUUUGGUCUUGGCCAUGGUGGAGUGUUUGGAAUCUGAUUGAUUGAUUGCUUCUGUGGACAGGUGUCUUUUAUACAGGUAACAAACUGAGAUUAGGAGCACUCCCUUUAAGAGUGUGCUCCUAAUCUCAGCUCGUUACCUGUAUAAAAGACACCUGGGAGCCAGAAAUCUUUCUGAUUGAGAGGGGGUCAAAUACUUAUUUCCCUCAUUAAAAUGCAAAUCAAUUUAUAACAUUUUUGACAUGCGUUUUUCUGGAUUAUUUUGUUGUUAUUCUGUCUUUCACUGUUCAAAUAAACCUACCAUUAAAAUUAUAGACUGAUCAUUUCUUUGUCAUUGGGCAAACGUACAAAAUCAGCAGGGGAUCAAAUACCUUUUUCCCUCACUGUAUAUGUAUAGCCUAAAAACAUGGUUAAAACUAUAAUAUUGAUAUUAUGGAUGGUCAGUCCUUGCAUCCAUAGCGUAAUCUAUGGAAUUGAGAGUGGUUGCAUUUCUCCAGCCCCAUCCCUCAGCUUUUUACCGAAUGUCAAGAAUGCUGUAGGUGGGUGUAGUGGUGGAAUCAAGCGCAGGACACCGAAGUAUAGUCCAAAAGACUUUAGUUAAAAUUCCAACAAGGAAAAUACGAACAAAACUUGCCCGAAGGCGAAACUACGCACGAAGGCGACACAAACAAAAGGCGCACUAAACAUGUGCGUAAACGCUCCAACACAGUGGAGUGAAGCUCAACCGAGCGAAUAAGCAAAUACAAGCACAACACACGACAGAAAAUAAUCACACACAAACACAGACACACCCAACGAGACUUAAAUAGAACACUAAUGAGGACUAACUAGACACAGGUGUACAACAUCAAGACCAAACCAAACGAACAUGAAACAUAGAUCGGUGGCAGCUAGUACUCCGGGGACGACGACCGCCGAUGCCUGCCCGAACCAGGAGGAGGAGCAGCCUCGGCCGAAACCGUGACAGUACCCCCCCCUUGACGCGCGGCUCCAGCCGUGCGCCGACCCCGGCCUCGGGGACGACCAGGAGGACGCGGAGCAGGGCGCGCGGGAUGGUCCCGGUGGAACUCCGACAGGAGAGAUGGGUCUAGGAUGUCCCUCCGCGGCACCCAGCACCGCUCCUCCGGGCCGUACCCCUCCCACUCCACGAGAUACCCAUCCGGCGUCUGGAGUCCAAGAUGGACCGAACGGUGUACGCCGGAGCCCCCUCGAUGUCCAAUGGGGGCGGAGGAGUCUCUCCUAUCUCAUUGUCCUGGAGUGGACCAGCUACCACCGGCCUGAGAAGAGACACAUGAAACGAGGGGUUAAUAUUCUUAUAUUCAACAGGUAGAUGUAGCCUAUAACACACCUCGUUCAAUCUUCUCAGGACUUUAAAGGGCCCCACAAACCGCCGACCCAGCUUCCGGCAGGGCAGGCGGAGGGGCAGGUUUCUGGUAGAGAGCCAGACUCGAUCUCCGGGUGCGUACACCGGCCCCUCACUGCGGUGGAGAUCGGCGCUCGCCUUGUGACGAAGGACGGCCCGCUGCAGGUGGACGUGGGCAGCGUUCCACGUCUCUUCCGAGCGCCUCAUCCAAUCAUCCACCGCAGGGGCCUCGAUCUGGCUCUGCUGCCAUGGUGCCAGAACCGGCUGGUAACCCAAUACACAUUGGAAAGGGGUUAGGUUAGUAGAGGAGUGGCGGAGAGAGUUCUGGGCCAUCUCGGCCCAGGGAAUGUAACGCGCCCACUCCUCAGGCCGGUCCUGGCAAUACGACCUCAGAAACCUACCCACAUCCUGGUUAACACGUUCUACCUGCCCGUUACUCUCCGGGUGGUACCCCGAGGUAAGGCUAACCGAGACCCCCAAACGCUCCAUAAACGCUCUCCACACACGGGAGGUAAACUGAGGGCCUCGAUCAGACACUAUAUCCUCGGGGAUCCCGUAAUGCCGGAAGACGUGGGUAAAUAGGGCCUCAGCGGUCUGUAGGGCAGUAGGAAGACCCGACAUAGGGAGAAGACGACAGGCCUUAGAGAACCGGUCCACAACGACCAGGAUGGUGGUAUUCCCCUGAGAGAGGGGAAGGUCUGUUACAAAAUCCACCGAGAGGUGGGACCAUGGUCGUUGUGGAACGGGUAGGGGCUGUAACUUACCCCUGGGCAGAUGUCGGGGCGCCUUACACUGGGCGCACACCGAGCAGGAGGAGACGUAAACCCUCACAUCCCUAGCCAAAGUAGGCCACCAGUAUUUAGUGCUAAGGCAAUGCACUGUCCGGCCAAUACCCGGAUGUCCAGAGGAGGGUGACGUGUGAGCCCAGUAGAUGAGUCGAUCCCGAAUCUCGAGCGGAACGUACCUCCGACCCUCAGGACAUUGUGGAGGGCUGGGGUCUGUACGCAACGCUCGCUCGAUCUCGGCAUCGACCUCCCACACCACCGGUGCCACAAGGCAAGACUCCGGUAGUAUGGGAGUAGGCUCAACGGACCUCUCCUCCGUGUCAUACCGCCGGGACAGUGCAUCUGCCUUACCAUUCUGGGACCCAGGGAUGUACGUGAUUUUAAAUACGAACCUGGUGAGAAACAUACUCCAUCGAGCCUGGCGAGGGUUCAGUCUCUUCGCUGCCCGGAUGUACUCCAGGUUCCGAUGGUCAGUCAAAAUGAGGAAAGGGUGUUGAGCCCCCUCAAGCCAAUGCCUCCACACCUUAAGGGCUUGAACUACAGCUAACAGCUCCCUGUCCCCAACGUCAUAGUUACGCUCCGCCGGGCUGAGCUUUUUGGAGUAAAAAGCACAGGGGCGGAGUUUAGGUGGCGAGCCGGACCGUUGAGAGAGAACGGCCCCUAUACCAGCCUCAGACGCGUCCACCUCAACCUGAAAUGGAAUUGUGGGAUCCGGAUGUGCCAGCACCGGAGCCGACGUAAACAGGUCCUUCAGUCUCCCAAAGGCCCUGUCCGCAUCAGCUGACCACUGCAGGCGCACCGGACCCCCCUUCAGAAGGGACGUGAUGGGAGCUGCCACCUGUCCAAAACCCCGGAUAAACCUCCGGUAGUAAUUCGCAAAGCCCAAGAACUGCUGCACCUCUUUUACAGUGGUUGGAGUUUGCCAAUUACGCACAGCGGACACACGAUCCACCUCCAUUCUCACCCCUGACGCGGACAACCGAUAACCCAAAAAGGAGACCGACUCCUGGAAAAACAGACAUUUCUCUGCCUUGACAUAUAGGUCGUGCUCCAACAGCCUCCUCAAUACACGUCGCACCAGGGUUAUAUGCUCGGCUCGGGUAGACGAGUACACCAGAAUAUCAUCAAUGUACACGACCACCCCUUGUCCCUGCAUAUCCCGGAAAAUGUCAUCUACGAAGGAUUGGAAGACUGAUGGAGCAUUCAUCAACCCAUAUGGCAUGACAAGAUACUCGAAAUGACCUGACGUGGUACUAAACGCCGUUUUCCAUUCAUCGCCCUCCCUAAUGCGCACCAAGUUAUACGCGCUCCUGAGAUCCAAUUUUGUGAAAAACCGCGCCCCAUGCAAUGACUCCGUCAUGGUCGCAAUCAGAGGGAGUGGAUAACUGUAUUUCACAGUAAUCUGAUUGAGACCACGGUAAUCAAUGCACGGGCGCAACCCUCCAUCUUUCUUUUUCACAAAAAAGAAACUCGAAGAGGCGGGGGAAAUGGAAGGCCGAAUGUAUCCCUGUCUCAAAGAUUCGGCUAUGUAAGUCUCCAUAGCUUUCCUCUCCUCUUGAGACAAAGGAUACACAUGGCUCCGUGGGAGCGCUGCUCCUGCCUGGAGAUCAAUCGCACAAUCCCCCUGUCUAUGGGGAGGCAACUGCGUCGCCCUAGUUUUGCUAAACACAAGAGCUAAAUCCCCAUAUUCAGGCGGAAUGUGCAGUGCGGGCACUUGGUUUGGACUUUCCACCGAAGUCGCCCCCACGGAAACACCCAGACAUCGCCCCUCACACUGAGCAGACCACCCAUCGAGAGCCCUCUGUUGCCACGAAAUAGCAGGGUUAUGGGUGCUUAACCAGGGAAUCCCCAGCACCACUGGGUACGCAGGAGAGUCGAUCAGAUACAGCUGUAUAGUCUCUUCAUGACCCCCCCUGCGCACACAUCCUAAGUGGCGCUGUGACCUCCCUGAUCAACCCCGACCCCAACGGGCGGCUAUCUAAGGCAUGUACGGGAAAAGGUUUGUCAACAGGCAGGAGAGGGAUCCCUAACUCUAAACAAAACUUUCGAUCAACAAAAUUCCCAGCUGCGCCUGAAUCUACUAGCGCCUUAUGCUGGGAAUGAGGUGCAACCUGUGGAAAACCAACAGGUAUACAAAAGUGCGCAACAGAAAGCUCUGGGUAAGCAGGGCGUCUACUCACCUGGGAGGCCCCCCCAGUGCGUGGCCUGUUGUCCUCUCCCUCGGAGAACCCUCCCCAGCACCUGGCCGCAGUGUGCCCUCCACGACCGCACUUGGUGCAGGAGACAGGCCCCCUCGGGCUCUUCCUCCUCCGCUCUCUAGCGCCAGCGCCCCCGAGCUCCAUGGGGCACGGCUCGGAGGCGCUGGAGGGUGAAAUGGACGGACCCCCCUCGGAACGUCCGCGGGUAGCUAGCAGGUUAUCCAGCCUGAUGGACAUGUCGACCAACUGGUCGAACGAGAGGCUGGUGUCCCUAUAGGCCAGCUCCCGACGGACGUCCUCGCGAAGACUACAUCUGUAGUGAUCGACGAGAGCCCGCUCAUUCCACCCUGCAUCUGCCGCUAGAGUACGGAAUUCUAGGGCGAACUCCUGGGCACUCCUCCCCUGCCGGAGGAAGACCAGACGCUCCCCCGCCGCUUUCCCCUCCGGGGGAUGGUCAAACACCGCCCUGAAGCGGCGGGAGAACUCGUCGUAGGUGAUGGUAUCCGCGUCGAUCCUCCUCCACUCCGCGUUGGCCCAUUCCAACGCCUUCCCGGAAAGGCAGGAGAUCAGGGCGGACACGCUCUCAUGUCCCGAGGGCGCCGGGUGCACGGUGGCCAGGUACAGCUCCACCUGGAGAAGGAAUCCCUGACACCCGGCCGCGGUCCCAUCGUAGGCCCUCGGGAGCGAGAGUCGCACUCCUCGGGGUUCCGGAACGGGAAUGGGCUGACUGGCCGAUGGUUCUGGCAGGGAGGAUGGCGGUGGAGGAGUCCCCCAGCCUCGGAUGGUGGUGAUCACCUCCUGCAGUGCGGACCCCAUCUGCAGGAUCUGGUCACUUUGUUCACGGACCUUGUCCUCCAGCGUCGCCUGGGCUGCUGCGGCUCCUGCUGAUUCCAUUCUUUAUGGUGUGUGAUUCUGUCAAGAAUGCUGUAGGUGGGUGUAGUGGUGGAAUCAAGCGCAGGACACCGAAGUAUAGUCCAAAAUACUUUAGUUCAAAUUCCAACAAGGAAAAUACGAACAAAACUUGCCCGAAGGCGAAACUACGCACGAAGGCGACACAAACAAAAGGCGCACUAAACAUGUGCGUAAACGCUCCAACACAGUGGAGUGAAGCUCAACCGAGCGAAUAAGCAAAUACAAGCACAACACACGACAGAAAAUAAUCACACACAAACACAGACACACCCAACGAGACUUAAAUAGAACACUAAUGAGGACUAACUAGACACAGGUGUACAACAUCAAGACCAAACCAAACGAACAUGAAACAUAGAUCGGUGGCAGCUAGUACUCCGGGGACGACGACCGCCGAUGCCUGCCCGAACCAGGAGGAGGAGCAGCCUCGGCCGAAACCGUGACACCGAAACUGUGGUGGGGAAAUGUGUUUCAAUGAAGGAUUCCCGUUUUAAACACCUUUAAUAGAGUGACUGUUAUUAUAUCGUGCAAUCCUCUAGUGAGUGAAUUACUUUUGUGCCAUUAAUAUCAAGCAAAACUUCUGAAGUCAAGAACAACAUUCUUAGUAUUGCAAACAAAAAUAAUAAUAUUGAAAGCAAAACAUAAACCCAAAGAUAUUGAUAGCAAAACAAAAUAUUGCAAGGAAAUAACUAUUUUUAUUUUAAAAAUAUUUUUCUGUGAUUUUGGUUUAUGAUAAUGCAAUUAAAUAAAACACCUCCCUCUUUCCUGCAAUUAACCCUAUCUUUGGUUAUGUUACCCUGGCCUUUGCUUUCGCUGCCUUUUUUUUCCAGUUGCAAGUUUUGGCAUAUUCCUUCCAGCAACAUAGAACCCUGCAUCGCACUUCUGGUUUGCUUCUGAAGCUAAGCAGGGUCGGUCCUGAUUGGUCUCUGAAUGGGAGACCAGGAUGUAACUGGAAGUGGUAAAAAAUAACAUGAAAACCACGUGUGUGAAAAUGUCACAUGUGAAUUAAAAUUUUAUGCAUCAGUACCAGCAGCCCUACAGUUCAGCAUGUUAAAGUGAUUCAUUCAAAUAAUCAAUAAGGAUGAUCAUUUUCUCCAUCCAUUUAGGCCUAUACAAUGUUCGCAACGUUUUUUUCUCCAUCUUCAAAUACAUUAAUGUUUGUUCCCACCAUACCCCAGCCUAUUCCUGCCAAUAAACAAACUGCUGCUCAGACUUCCUGGUCUCUCAAGAUGGCCCUAACAGAGCUGACUACUAUGCUGUAAAAGAAUACAUUUUGCUGAAAUCUGCUUUGCUUUACAAUAAUCCUCCCUCUGGCUUUCUUUUGCUCCAGGGCUGUCCAGCAGAGGGCAGUGUGAGAUAUGACCAAUCCCACAGUAAGUUUCAUCCACUUAUUUUCCUCAUAGUGUAUCUCUCAUUGUACUGCAUAGCUCUGUUCUUCUUCCAGGGGUGCACUGUAAGGGUGAAGGUGAUACUGUACAGUCCGCCAAACAAACAAGAAAACAAAGACACUGGAUAUAAUUGUGAACGCGGCUAAAACGUUUUUGGAUCUCCAGGGCUUCGUAGCCGAAACAUUGCAGGGAAUAUUGUCUGAAGAUGCUUUCCCCUUUCAGGCCCCAGAGACUGUUGGGAACUGAGUAGACAUUUGAAACUGACUAAAGACUAAAGGAGUAAAAAAAAAUAAUGUUUUCACCCUUUCCCAAUUUUCCCAUGUUUUUUCUGUGUUCAAGUUCCCCAGUUUUCACCGCACACAGUAGGUGGCAGCAUGCACCUCUAAUGUGUGUUUGCAGACCACAAUAAUACCAUAAAAGAGAAGAAUAAGCUCAGUUCUGCUGUUGCAGAAGGCUUUAGUGAUGUUUAGGGUAUUUGAUCACAAUGCCUGUUCAUUUUGUUGAGUGUAAUAAUCAAGUACAUUUUUAUCAUUGCAGCAGCUUACUCAUACAAGAAAUAGGCCUAUCAUGUGUUACACCACUCUAACCAUACAUUCCAGGCAAUCAGCUAAGGCAGUGAACAACAAAAAAAGUGCUUGUUUAUGAUGGAGGGCUGACAUACAGUAGGCUACAUGUUAGCGUGGGCAGUGUUAGUGAUUGCAUGCGUUUGCGGCACUGAUAGCUUAGGUGGAGGGGACACACAAAUGCUGUAUUCACACGCCCCUCAUCAUCAAAGGGAAAGUUGCAUGUGUUCUGUAUGUGAUGUAGGUUGCAUGGUUGAUCUUCCAGUAAAGUAAUCGUCGACACCAUCUGUUACUGUACACUUGUAGUUCUGUUCUCUGUAGUCAAACGUACAGUGGCCUACUGUCUUUUCUGUUUCAAAAGGUCAUUGUUACAGCAGUGCAUCCCUAUAUGUCACUGUCGUCUCCUUCCUGCAAUCUGUCUCCCAGCUCCGCUUUCCCCACCGCGUCAACACUUCUCCUUGCUGUUGUCUGUCUCAAAUCAUGGGGUGUUAUUUAUUUCAUGAGCAUGUUGUUUAUGUAGUAACAUACAAUGUGAAGUAGUACAGCGCUCAUCAGCCAGUGUCCCAAAAUAUGUUGUAAUAGAAAAAGACACAGGUGUACUAUAGCUCUGUUUUGCUGAGCCUUCCUUGGUGAGGUUCACUUACACCCAGGGGUUCAAUUGAGGUGUUAACAAAAAUACAUCCACCUUGUUUUGCCCCUUAAUACACUGAACACCCCUCCCUGCCAAUGCAACUACCAUUCCCCCUGUUCACUUUUGAGAGUUUGCCCCCAGCUUACACUUGUACACUGUGUCUGUCUGUUGUUUUGGCAGCUCCUCCGGUCCCUUCAGGUCCACGCUGUGUGUCUGCAGUCAGAAUCAUCCCUCUGACAAGCAUGAAAGGCUCUCCUGAUCUGAUUCCGUCUGCAGGUGAACACACUCAUUAACUCCUCUUCCCCUCCUCCACUCCUCCACCCCUCCACUCCUCCGUCUCAUCUAUCUUUCAUCAGCCUGAACUUUAGGACACCUUCGGCACACUGGAUAUGCCGAGGAGGAUCACUUGUUAACUAUCUGCAUCCAUUUUAAACAACAGUAAGCUACUAUAGUGUCUCUGCCAGUGUUACAACACAGUUGUACUUAUUGGAUAUAAUGACUGACUAAUGGUGUUAGCACGGAAAUUAAUGAUAUGGAUGAGGAGAGUAUUAAAGUGUUGGCCUGGAUUUGACAUUUACAUUCUAUUUUUAUAAUUUGGGGGGUGAGGUAACAUGGAUUCCCUCAGGACCUGAGGCAAUAGAACUGUGUCUCAUGGUGAUUGAAGCUCACUCUGAGAAUAGAGUCAAACAAUGCGUGUCUGUGAGGAUUUUUGCACAUAUUUUGCCUCGGAACAAUGAGUGACUAUGAAGAUCCAAUGAAAGUGAUAACAUCAUUGUGUGUACCUAUCUAUCUAUAGAGCUGGACCCUACAAGGGUGUGUAAAGGGAAGGGGGUCGUGACUCUGAGGGCCACUCUGGUCCACAUAGACGACGAGGACUGCGUCAGUGAAGAAUCAAAUGUUGACACAGCACCAAGUAAGUCAAAGAGAAUGCUAAAGCUGCUCUCUAAAAUCUUAGAUAUUACAGCAUAUGUACAGUAUAUCUAAUAUCUCUGAUAUUAUGUAGAGUUUUCCUUCUAAUACGGAGUUGAGUGAAACGCCAGCAAUAGCUCUGUGAAAGGGAUCAAAUUAGAGGGCAGAUGUAUAGCUGGAGGAAUAUAGUUGAUGGGGCAAACUGGAAGGAAAUGUUCCCGUUAACAAAAUAGCACAUUGUAAUAUCUUGAUUAUGUCAUAGGAUGAAUCACUAGCAAUAAUGACUAUUUAGUCAUUUGUUUUCCAAAAUUCACUGUGUUGCCAAGCUUUUCUAUUCACAGAAGUCUUAAAAUGCUUGAGAUACUGUACUUCAUCAAGUGCAGCUGGACUCACUUAUGCACAUAUUUUGGUUGUUUUGAUAUUAAAGUGAGAUAACUUGCCACAUUUUAAAGUGUAUUUAUAUUUGGUUGCCCAGCCCAACAGAGAAUCGUUGACAAUGAUUGCUCAUAUUUUGUCAAAAAAAAACUUUUGUUCGGACCUGCCCACACUGCACUUUGGAAACAGGGCCUUGACUGUAUACUUGUUUGUUGCAUUCAGCACGUUAGAACUGGGCUUUAAACUGGAGGGCUUUUGGGGAGAUGCUUUAAUUGUUGUUGAGACUGAAUAUAAAGGCCACUGGAACAAACAGCCUUUACAGACCACUGAAUAGGCGCCUUGUUCUGAUGACAAAGUUCACAGAUUGUGGGAGAAUCAUUGGGUUUCUUUCUCCAUGGAGAUAUUAGCAUCUCUGUCCGGGAAAAGCACUAUAGGAAGCGUUUGGUCCCCGCAGGAUCAGCCAGAGAUUUAUUUCAUUGAGGAUUAAUUGUUUCCUGCUUGUAGUUUGGUGUUAAUCUCUGAAAAAUGUUAAUUGCCAAGAGACAAAGAUUGCCAAGAGUACAGUAGUUUGUUUUUGUAUCUUUCAGUAUUGUUAGGUUUCUGAUCGUCUUACACUGUUAUUCACUGGCCAAACUGAGAUUGUUUUGGGAUCAUUUCAGGUGGUUGGAUCAGCCAGAUCAAUGGAGACAGCUCUCAAAAGGGAUUGGCUGAUGGAGGCUUCCACGACAUCACAGCUGAUUUACCUACAGUCAACAGAACUCAACCCCAGGUGCGUUUUCAUCUAAUCAGUGAAUACGAUUUUUCUUAAUUUCCCCUAUUUUGGGCAUUUAUGGGAUAAUACAUUUGAUAAUAGCAUGAUUGUUUAAUGUGAAUAAAACCAUAUUUCAGUGUGAUAUAAAUAGCCCUAUUUGGUGUAUUUCUGCUGAGGAUUUUGUGUCAAUUGAAGUUAUUGCCUAAAAUAUGUGUUUUCUUAGCAAAACCAGAAUAUGUUCCUGCUCAACCACUCAUACUAUCCAGUUUAUUGUUAUUAUCAAAAACGUAUAUAAGAGAAGGAACAGCAUCACUCACAAGUGUUAUUCACUCAUUACCAGGGAAGUUCACCUGUGAUCACCGAAGAACCCCAGCUUCCUGCCUCUUCUGACAUUCAGAACCAUAUUACUUCGACAAAGGCCCCCUCCAACACCAAAACUGUCAACCCAACCAUAGUUCUACUACAACACAACAGAGGUAAGCACCUCUGAUUCUGGGUAGUACUGUAUGUGGGUUACGGAUGAAAUUGCCAUGAAAUAUGUUGACCACAUUGUGAAGUGUGUACUAAAUUCUGAAGUUAUGUGCCUGGGAUAGAGAGUCCAGUGAGACUGACUGAAAGGCGGAUUGGGCUUGUACUGAAUGUUAGCCAGCAUGGAUUGACCAGCUCAGAGCAGCUUAGACUUGACCCCUUUGAUUAGCCUUGUUUCAUUGUCCUUUGUCCAUCUCUGUCCUCUCCUCACAACAGAGCAACAAAUGCAUAUUUCUAAUAUGGAAGGUAUGCGCUGGAGUUCUGACAAAUUGUCUUGUCCACUGCCUCUUCUUUUCAAUCUUAGUUCCUGCCGCUGGCUGGACAACGUUUAGUUUCAUUACCUGAUAAUAUAGUCAAUUUAGCCAAUUUGUUUGUCCAUAUUGUCCCUACCUGUUUCAGUCCAUUUUCUACUGCCUGAACAGUGCCUAAAUAUGUUUGCUGUCAGCCUCAUGUCGGCCCAAUGUGACGUGUUUUCAUGCUCCUGCUCUGAGAUAUUGGAUCGUUUUUAAUAUUUACAUAAGAAGAGUACGUCAUACAAUACCAAACUAUCUUAUAAAUUACUGCACUUAUUAUAUGUACAUUUUUCAUUGUAAAGCAUUUUGUAAUUCGUUAUCUCAAUUGCUGUGGUAUUUUCGUGUAAUCUGUUCAUAAUCAUGUUUUACCAUUGAAAUGACUGUAUAUCGUUUGCAUAGUAUGCUUGUGGAUCAUAUGGGGUAAACUGCUUGCCCACGAUUUAUGUAGACUUAUUUGACAGGACAGAUUUUGAGUGGUAGAACCCACUGUAGCACUUCUCUUCCCUUUGACACAGCAAUGCUGGCUUUUUCAGACCCCACCCAAGAGAGGGACAAAUUGCCUGAUCCAGGACCUGUAGUUGGGACAGAGAGAGAACAGAGCCAACACCCAGAUAUGGACGGCAAGAGGAUGAGGUACUCUCAAUCCCCUGUCUUGGGCCCACUGAACCAGCCCAUUGUGCCAGUACGGGUAAGAAAACAAAAUGAAGUGACUGUAUAAAGAGAGGACAGUAGCCUGGUCCCAGAUCUGUUUGAGCUGUAUAGCCAACCCCUAUGGUCGUGGUCAUGCCAAACAAUGACAACAACCAUAGGAGUUAGUUAUACAGCCCAUACAGAUCUGGAAUCAGGCUAAGAAGACACACCUAUGAGUGUACAGUCCAGAUGUAAUGAGUUGUGCUUAAUAGUGUACGUCACUUUUUUUUACCUUGUGCCUUUUUUAAAUAAUCUGAAGCCUUCACAGGGCAUUUUUCAUUUGAUGCUUAGGUCGGUAGGACAGUGGUGAAAAAUCGAUAUGCCUCACUGCCAAAUGCCAAUCCACUUUUACCUAUAUAUUUUUGUCAGAACCCCUGUUUGUUUUUAAAUAUGACAAAAAACAUGAAUAUGUUCUUUUCAGAACACAGAGAAGUCCAAGGACUGGUACAAGAACAUGUUUAAACAGAUACACAGAAUUCCAGGUAAGGGGAUCAUUAAAAAAGUCUAACUCAGUGUUCUCAUGUGUGUGUUUGAUUUGAUGUUGACCAACGUGUCAGUUGUUUCUGUCAAGCCGUUGUCUUUGUGAGUCUGUGAGUGUGUUCGUUGUUGUCACGUUGUGUGUUUUUUGUCUCCGUCACCUCGCUCAGAACCUGUUGAGGAAAACCCAUACCGCCCCACCUACAUAUUCCCUGAAUCCUAUGAUCCUAGGCAGAUGAAAACCACAGGUACCCAAUAGCAAUCAUGACUCCACUUCCUAACUUUACUAAUCAUGUAUAAUCCCUUCAUUAUAAUGCGCUUAUGACUGUGUUGACUCUCCCUUUGUUACUUACCAUUGCCUUGAUAGAAUUGAAAACGGGUCAGUAAAUGGAGCACUUGUUUGCUUAGUAAAACUAAGAGUGAGCGUAACAGAAGACUACACCAUGAAUUCACUUGAACUGUUAUCUGAUAUUUCUCAUGAAUAACAUUUUGCAUUAACUAAUUCAUGGACCAUAUGUUGUAAGGCUGCUCAUCUUUUAAUAUUAAUAUAUUAAUGAACAGACAUUUCCUGGCAUUUCAAGUUCUUCCUGAUUGAAAGAUGCAGUAGUGUAGACAGAUUAGGAACAUUUGAGCCACUAGAUCAUGGAUGGGUAACUGGCUGCCCUUUUUGUAGGCCCGUGGAUCCAUUUAAAAUGGAACUCAAUCAGGGUCCCAACUUACUGUUGAGAGUUAGAAUAGUAGAAUAAACAAGGUGCAAUUUCAAAAUGUGCUUGUGCAUCAGCAGUUUUUCUCUUGUUAUGUCAGUCACUGACAGUCAUUCAAUAAGCCCAAGCCAGCGAUUAUUUUAUUUAUUGGUAGGUUAGUCUUUAGUCUAGCCAUCUAGCCAGCUAUCUAAACUUGUAGUGAUUUACGUUUUAGUCAUUUAGCAGACGCUCUUAUCCAGAGCGACUUACAGUUAGUGAGUGCAUAAAUUUUUUCAUACUGGCCCCCCGUGGGAAACGAACCCACAACCCUAGUGUUGCAAGCGCCAUGCUCUACCAACUGAGCUACACGGGGCCAAUCAUGGUUGAAUUACGGACCGGGGGGCCCCCCUUGGUUUGUAAGUCACUCUCACUCAGAUUUCAUAUUGUAAGUCACUCUCACUCAGCAUAAGUCAAGGCAAAAUGUGUAGAAUUGCAGGAAAUUAGCUGUAAAACUGCAAAAUCUUCUCUAUGCCCCAUGGCAAAAUAUGUAGAAUUGCAGGACAUUAAUUCUAAAACGUCAUAUUCUUCUCUCCACUGUCAAGAGGGGGGCCGCUAAAAUGUUUUGCUCGCAAGCUGGGUGUGGCCCCCCAACAAAAAUGUGCUUAGGGCCCCCAAAAGGCAGGCUCUGACUGCAUGUGUAGGUAAGGACGUGGGUAUGCAGACCUGCGAACCACUGCGGCCCCCUCAUGAUGAGUUCAGAUUUUUUGUGGCCCCUACCCCAUUAAAGUUGCCGAUCCCUGCACUAGAUGGUGCUCAAGUGUUAUGUAUUACAACAACCAAGCAUGACAGAGAGGCUUUGUAUGUACUGGACAGGCAGUAGUAGAUCACGCUGUGUUCCAUGGACAGUAUAUCAGCAUGUUUACACUACACUAGUUUGAAACCGGUCUAGUCAGUGUAAAAACCCUCUAUUUGUGUGUGCAUGUGUAUUCAGUUAUUCUGUAUUGACCCACUGAAAUAAUAGUUAUUUAGCCGUUUGUACUAUCUAACAGUUGACAGUUGUUUUUAAAUCAUCAAUGCCAUGCAUGUCUAAUGUCGGACUACAUCACCUUGCAUGUAGUUUUAGGACAGUAUACACUGAGUAUACACUAAGUAUACACUGAGUAUACACUGAGUAUACACUGAGUAUACACUGAGUAUACAAAACAUUAAGAACUGCUGUUUCCAUGACAUAGACUGACCAGGUGAAAGCUAUGAUCCCUUAUUAUUGUCACUUGUUAAAUCCACAUCAAUCAGUGUAGAUGAAGGGGAGACAUGGAUUGUGUAUGUGUGCCAUUCAGAGGGUGAAUGGGUAAGACAAAAGAUUGAAGUGCCUUUGAACGAGGUAUGGUAGUAGGUGCCAGGCGCACCGGUUUGUGUCAAGAACUGCACCGCUGCUGGGUUUUUUAUGCUCAACAGUUUCCUGUGUGUAUUAAGAAUGGGUCCACCACCCAAAGGACAUCCAGCAACUUGACACAACUGUGGGAAGCAUUGAAGUCAACAUGGGCCAGCAUCCCAACUCAAUAAUAGGAAGGUGUUCCUAAUGUUUGGUAUACUUAGUGUGUAGGUGCUGUGUACAGAUGUACUUAUUUUCCCUUUGUUUCUGCUCAUGUCUGCUUCCAAGCAACCUGAUAUGUCUGGUUAUUCACCGAGUCAAUCAAUCAAUUGAUCAAUAAAUCGAAUAGUUGACCAAAAAAAGCUUGUACGAAAUGUGUACACUAUUCAGAGAUUUCCAAGAACAGCAUUACUUAUUUAUAAGGAUGUUAAUCGAUUGGACCCGUUUUUAGAAAAGUUAUGCUUCUUCCAAAGUGCUUUGACUGACAACCUCUGAAAAGCACUCUAUUUACAGUGUGUAUGAAGAAAUGUAAUGCCAGAACUAAUGGAAUAAAGGACAUACUGUACUGUGCAAUUACAGAGGAGGAAUAGACGCUUACUGUGCCCUUUGAAGAGCUGUACCCGGACUUAUAGCCUUUUAUUUGGAUAUAUGAUAUACGGCUCUGGCUGUACCCUGCGUUACAGCAGAAAUGUAUGGAAUACCAGUCAAAAGUUUGGACACACCUACUCAUUGAAGGGCUUUUCUUUAUAUUUACUAUUUUAUACAUUGUAGAAUAAUAGGGAAGACAUCAAAACUAUGAAAUAACACAUAUGGAAUCAUGUAGUAACCCAAAAAGUGUUAAACAAAUCAAUAUAUAUUUUAUAUUUGAGAUUCUUCAAAGUAGCCACCCUUUGCCUUGAUGACAGCUUUGCACACUCUUGGCAUUCUCUCAAACAGCUUCACCUGGAAUGCUUUUCCAACAGUCUUGAACAAGUUCCUACAUAUGCUGAGCACUUGUUGGCUGCUUUUCCUUCACUCUGCGGUCCAACUCAUCCCAAACCAUCUCAAUUGGGUUGAAGUUGGGUGAUUAUGGAGGCCAGGUCAUCUAAUGCAGCACUCCAUCAUUCUUCUUCUUGGUCAAAUAGCCCUUACACAGCCUGGAGGUGUUGGGUCAUUGUCCUGUUGAAAAACAAAUGAUAGUCCUACUCAAAUUUGGACUCAUCAGACCAAAGGAUAUAUUUCCACCGGUCUAAUGUCCAUUGCUCGUGUUUCUUGGCCCAAGCAGGUCUCUUCUUCUUAUGGUUGUCCUUUAGUAGUGGUUUCUUUGCAGCAAUUUGACCAUGAAGGCCUGAUUCAUGCAGUCUCCUCUGAACAGUUGAUGUUGAGAUGUGUCAGUGACUUGAACUCUGUGAAGCAUUUAUUUGGGCUGCAAUUUCUGAGGCUGGUAACUCUAAUGAACUUAUCCUCUACAGCAGAGGUAACUCUGGGUCUUUCUUUCCUGUGGCGGUCCUCAUGAGAGCCAGUUUCAUCAUAGCGCUUGAUGGUUUUUGCGACUGCACUUGAAGAAACUUUCAAAGUUCUUGACAUUUUCCGGAUUGACUCACCUUCAUGUCUUAAAGUAAUGAAGAACUGUCGUUUCUCUUUGCUUAUUUGAGCUGUUCUUGCCAUAAUAUGGACUUGGUCUUUUACCAAAUAGGGCUAUCUUCUGUAUACCACCCCUACCUUGUCACAACACAACUGAUUGGCUCAAAUGCAUUAAGAAGGAAAGAAAUUCCACAAAUUAACUUUUGAGAAGGCACACCUGUUAAUUGAAAUGCAUUCCAGGUGACUACCUCAUGAAGCUGGUUGAGAGAAUGCCAAGAGUGUGCAAAGCUGUCAUCAAGGCAAAGGGUGGCUACUUUGAACAAUCUCAAAUAUAUUUUGAUUGAUUCCAUAUGUGUUAUUUCAUAGUUUUGAUGUCUUCACUUUUAUUCUACAAUUGAGAAAAUAGUAAAAAUAAAGAAAAACCCUGGAAUGAGUAGGUGUGUCCAAACCUUUGACUGGUACUGUAUAUGUCAGCAUAAUGUAUUUGAAUUAAUGAUGAAUAUUGAUUUUCAGCCAUCAUGAUUAGAUGUUUUUAAAAACUAUGGCCCCUCCUGGAAAGCUAUUGUUGUAGAUGUCUGAUUCGAAUCCAGGCUCUGUCGUAGCCGGCCACGACCGGGAGACCCAUGGGGCGGCGCACAAUUGGCCCAGCGUCGUCCAGGGUAGGGGAGGGAAUGGCCGGCAGGGGAUGUAGCUCAGUUGGUAGAGCAUGGCGUUUGCAACGCCAGGGUUGUGGGUUCGUUUCCCACGGGGGGCCAUUAUGAAAGAAAAAAAAAAUUGAAAAAAAAAAAUUGUAUGCACUCAUGUAAGUCGCUCUGGAUAAGAGCGUCCACUAAAUGACGUAAAAUGUAAAAAUGUAGAUGCAUGCUAUAACAUGCCUUUUAGGUCUACGUAUUUUUAUUUAUUUUAUUGCUAUUCUUAAUCUCACUUCUGUUUUAGAUAUCUUUGACGAUACGUUAAGAUGUCAGUCUUGUACAAUUGAUUAAUGUAGUAAACACAUUCUUGACCUUGCCAUUCUACAAGUUCACUGCUUGUUACAUUGCUAUAAUAAGCAGUUCAUAGUAUUCUGUCAUUAUAGUGUGGCACUGCUGCUAUCAAACCUCUACUGGUUAUACUGAGUAUCUAAAUAUGUAGCACCACUAUAACAAGCGAAUGAACAGACAAUAGAUGGGGCCACCCUUGAUUAACAUUGCAUAACAUAGACUUAUACAAGUGGAACUGCCAGUGGAGCAGGCUAGUAAGUACAUGUUUAUAGUGUAUUUAUAAUAAUGAUUUUUCUCUCUCUUACAGAUGAUGGUCACUCCGCCUACGGUUAUGUGGAAGAUGGUGCGUUUUGUCAUCCUCUUAGAUUCAGAAAUUAAUAAUAUUAAUUAUUUAUUUUACUUGUGUAGCGCUUUUUAUUUCUGAAAAUAAUUUCAAAGGGCAUUAAAAAGCAAAAAACAACAACAACAAAUUUAAAUUGAGAUGGUAGAGACUGAGAUUGAAUGUCUCUAAUUUUGGAUGAAAGGCUGGGAGUUGAGGCAGUUUGGAUAGGAUAUUCUAUUAUGUGUAUAUAUAUAUAUAUAUAUAUAUAUAUAUAUAUAUAUAUAUAUAUAUAUAUAUAUAUAUAUAUAUACAUUACUAGUCAAAAGUUUGGACACACCUACUCAUUCAAGGGUUUUUCUUUAUUUUCACAAUUUUCUACAUUGUAGAAUAAUAGUAGAGACAUCAAAACUAUGAAAUAACACAUAUGGAAUCAUGUAGUAACCAAAAAAGUAUUUGAGAUUCUUCAAAAUAGCCACCCCUUGCCUUGAUGACAGCUUUGCACACUCUUGGCAUUCUCUCAACCAGUUUCACCUGGAAUGCUUUUCCAACAAUCUUGAAUGAGUUCCCACAUAGUCUGAGCACUUGUUGCCUGCUUUUCCUUCACUCUGCGGUCCAACUCAUCCCAAACCAUCUCAAUUGGGUUGAGGUCAGGUGAUUCCAGGUGACUACCUCAUGAAGCUGGUUGAGAGAAUGCCAAGAGUGUGCAAAGCUGUCAUCAAGGCAAAGGGUGGCUAUUUGAAGAAUCUCAAAUAUAAAAUAUAUUUUGAUUUGUUUAACACUUUUUUGGUUAAUACAUGAUUCCAUAUGUGUUAUUUCAUAGUUUUGAUGUCUUCACUAUUAUUCUACAAUGUAGAAAAUAGUAAAAAUAAAGGAAAACCCUGGAAUGAGUAGGUGUGUCCAAACGUUUUGACUUUGUACUGUAUAUAGUAGAAUAUCUAUAAUGUGAUCUCAAUAGCAUGGUCUUUGUGAGGACAAGCCCCUACUCGGACACUUUAGACCUUGAGAAAGAUUUCAGUGUAUUUCAGUUUAAGCUAAACAUUACAAGCCGCUUUCAUAGCAGAGUCUGUUGUUCUUUUGUGUUUAUUUUCAGUCAAAGGGGUCCCACGGUCAAAAAGUGCUGCUGAAGUUGACCGUAGGUCGUCUAUGCCUGUGCCAACACGGUCCUCUUCCCUCAAACCUGCCAAA